CGUCGUCAGCGUUUGACGACAUAGGCGGCGGCAUGAGAGGGUCGUCCACGACGCUAGUCGCUGCAUUGGUGCUCGUUGCGUCAUACGAGUAUGCAACUGGAAGAGAAAUGAUGAAAGAGCAUACGUGGUCGGCGAACGUCAGCGAUGCACAUUACGGCAUAGCUGAAGCUGCGGACAUCCACGACGGUUGCAAGUGGAAGCGGGUUUGGCAAGCAAACGUCACUUCCGACAAAAACGCGCUGUCCACUCAUGCACAUGUAAAUGGGCCGGGGUUCUCUAUCCGUGCCACAGAAGGAUUGAAUGAGUCAGCCCAAGUGGCGUUCACUCUCGAUAGCACCACGUUUCCCUCACAGGGCAAGUUGGUACUUCGCGCGCAAUUCCCAAGCAGUCGGGGACUGCGAUCGACGCUCAAGUUUGUCAAGCAUUCGAAGGAGCUUGUCGUAGUCCAAGGGAGCAGCGCACAUCCCACGAGUUUGAUUGUCCAUCCGGGGUCCCCACGAGCCAAAAGUAUAGCCACACCGACGACUCGACUUCGACUGAAGGAUUUCCCUUGCUUCCAAGAAAACAACCCGUUUACAUCAUCCGUGCACGAGUUUCUCCUGACAUGGGACUCGCAAUGGGUUCGAUGGCACGUCGACAACGUGUUUUUUGCUGAAGCCCCACGGCCGACUUCGUUCUUCUCCACCGAUGACGUCCACCCUCUUUCACUUGUCGUGGCGGUCGACCUCAUCCCAGAUAAUACCACACGUGGAGCUCAGCCCGAUGUUGCGCUCGCCACCGACGGUUCGGAUGCUUUUGUCGUGCAAGAACUGCUGCUCAUGGAGCAAACGUCGUCCGCGUGCGUACCCACCUUGACCAACCCGAACGACUGCCGACAGUAUGCGAUGGCCAAGUCCACGUCGGCCUUUCUCCCUCAGAUUCGAUCCGGAUCGUUGGAAGGGUCCUUGUCCCUUGAGCAAGUUUACGAGUUCGUGAACGACAUCGUGCCGGACCUGCUCACUGACUUUCCGCAUUUGUUUCGGACUGAAGUGAUUGGAACAUCCGUGGAAGGACGGCCGAUCGUCGCGCUAUGUCUCGGGGCGUGCCAUGCACCCUCUCCGGCCCCGCCCCAGGCUCUAUACACUGCGCUGCACCACUCCCGCGAGCCCAUGUCCAUGAUGAACUUGGUGUUUUUCAUCGACCAUUUGAUCUUGGGGCUGCGGGGCCAUGACCCCUCGAUCACAGCGCUGCUCUGGUCUCGCCAGCUCUGGUUCGUUCUCGUGGUGAACCCCGACGGGUACGCGUACAACGAGGCAAACAUGCCGAAGGACCCGGACGAGACGUUUUCGGGCCAACGAAAGAACCGGCACAAGUCGACGUGCAGCGAGACGGCCGACGUCGGCGUCGAUCUCAAUCGAAACUACGACGUUUGCUUUUCGCAGGAUGCCGUCGGUAGCAGCGACGAAGCGUGCGCCGAGGACUAUCGCGGACCAGCCCCGUUCUCCGAGCCUGAAACCCGCGCGAUUCGCGAUUUCGUCGACCGUCACAACUUUAGCACGGCAUUCAACUACCAUUCGUUCGGUCAGUACUUUAACAUUCCGUUCGCGUGUCAGCCCAAGGGCGUGCCCCCGCCGUUUGCCACGUCCGUGUACAACGCGCUCGCGGCCGACAUGACGUCGCGAAAUCGGUUUAAGUUUGGUCAGUCUUGGAAAGAGAGCAACUUGUACUCUGUGAACGGGGAAACGAGCGAUUGGAUGUGGCAGGCGCAUGGCAUCUUUGCCAUUUCUCCUGAGACUGGACCAAGCUUCGACGUCGACAACUUUCACGGGUUCUGGCCGUCCGACCCGUUGGUCAUCCACGACAUUUGCAACGAAUUGGUGCACUCGAACUACGUCUUGGCGAAGUGGGCGGGACCACAGUAUGCACUGAUCAUGCAGGUAUAUGCACCCAUCGCGCUCUCGGUUGCAUGUGCGAAUCCUAUUCGCGUCACAGGGAUGGAGCACUGUGAUCACGGACGACGGCAAAGUCGCGGUCAUCACGCUGGACCUCUCGGUUCGAAACAUCGGGCUCCGGUCGCCGCACCAACCAUUGCAAAUCGUCGCAACUGUGGGCCUCCAUGGUACCCCGAGCAGUCCUGUGUACACCCUACCGCCGCUCCUGCACGCGGCAGACCCUGCCAACGAUGCCGAACUGAUCAAGCUCGUCGUACCCCUCGAGACACCGUUGUCAGCUGCGGCGCCAGGUCACGUUUACACACUCCUUCGCGACGGCCGAACGUGCUCCAUGUUCCGCAUUUCGCUCGGCAAAACGACGAGCGAGUUCCAAGUGUGGCAGCCGUUGGUAUUGCCCCAGUGCGGAUCCUGUGCAGCGUUUGGAAGCCCAUUGUCAAACUCGACGCCUUCAAUCGGUGGAGAUAUCAACUGCAUGACGCUCGAUGCGUCCAUGGUAGAUGUGAAAGCAUCACCACCACUUCGCAAUUUCAUCGUCGGAUCGUCGUCGACCGAGGACGCCGACGACAUACCGACGGGGCGGCCCAUGGUUGCCGCAGCGCCAAAGCAGCCCCGCGGCACACUCAGUGUGGCCCAUCACGAAAAGAAAGCGCUUCUACUUGUCAGUCUUGUUGUUCUCCUCGGCAUGGUCGUCGGGCUCAUCGGACUCCGGCACGUCAAGGCCAAGCAGUCCGAUGAGUAUUCCAAGGUGUCCAAGUCCGAAACCCUCGAUGACGGAGAAGGGCUCGACAACAUGAUCGACAUGAUUUCCCCCAAAUGCAUCGCUGGGCAGGCUGCAAUCGAGAACGGGAGUCAGCUCGCCCAGCAGCGACGAGCACGAUCGCCCCAGCGGGACGACGACGACGACGAAUUGCUUCAAGAGCAUCCCGUAAAUCGUCGGGUUCGAUCUCCUCCGCCACCGUCCGCUCGUGACGAUAGCGGAAAUUAUAGCCAUGACGAAGUGUAACCUGUUUAACGACUCUUGUUUCAUGCAAGGUUGUUGACGUGCUUCGACGCAAUGCGCGCGCACACUUGUCCUAGUCCGUCUUCUUAAGCUCUUGCUGCUUCGCCUCGUUGGUUGUCGCGCUGUCGUCUGCCCCCCAUUGAAGCUUCCCUUGCGCUUGCAGACUCCGCGCUUCCAUGAUGAACCAGUUGAUCGACAACGUCAGCCCCACGGCAAGAAACAGAAACACAAACAUGUGGAUGGAGUCCUCGAUCCCGGUCCAAAUCGUCAGCCCGAUCACCAAAAGGAGUGUCACAAGUACCGCAUUAACGGCGAUCACGAACUUGUCGCCUGUGCCCGGCUCGAGCGCGGACUUGACGGCGUCCGCAAACACUCCCAUCGUCGCA